AUGUCUUCAUCAUUAUCAGUAAAAGAAUUAUGUGCACAAUUAGAAGAAGCUUCCCUUUUGCCUUCUAGAGGUAGAGCUCAAAAAAUUGAAUGCCAAUUGGCUCAUAGUGAUAUGAAGAUAAACAGUUGGAAAUUCAAUGAAUGGGAUUAUGGCAAGAAUAAUAUCACAUUACCCUGCAAUGCUAGAGGUUUAUUCAUUUCACAAGAUAAAGAUGAUCCAAAGAUCAUUACUAGAGGUUAUGAUAAAUUUUUCAAUAUUAAUGAAGUUCCUACUACAAAAUGGGACUUUAUCAAAAAGAACACAAUGGGCCCUUAUGAAGUGUCUAUUAAAGCCAACGGGUGUAUUAUUUUUAUAUCUGGGUUGGAUGAUGGAUCUUUAGUUGUUUGUUCCAAACAUUCUACUGGUCCAAGAGAAGAUGUCAAUAGAAACCAUGCCGAAGCAGGUGAACGAUUUCUAAUGGAUCAAUUACAAAACUUAGGCAUAGAUUCUAAACAAUUAGGGAAAGAACUUUAUGAAAAUAAUGUAACUGCGGUGGCAGAAUACUGUGAUGACACAUUUGAGGAGCAUAUUUUAGAAUACACAGGAAAUAAGAGAGGUUUAUAUUUGCACGGUAUCAAUCAAAAUACACCAGAUUUUCAUACUUGGCCAUUCGAUAAAGUGGCUACUUUUGCUGAAAAAUAUGGAUUUAAAAAGAUCAAUUAUAUGAUUAAAGAGACCGUUGAUGAUUUAAAAGUAUUUUUGAAUGAUUGUUCUGAAAAAGGGUCUUUUGAAGGACAGGAAAUUGAAGGAUUUGUGAUUCGUGGCAAAAUGGCAAAUAAUCCGUCCAAGCCAUUUUUCUUUAAAUAUAAAUUUGAGGAACCAUAUUUAAUGUAUAGACAAUGGAGGGAAGUUACUAAAGAUUAUCUUACUAAGAGACGUCGUGUUUUUAAAUUCAAGAAACAUGGUUUCAUUACAAAUAAAUAUUUAGAUUUUGUUAUCCCUAUUUUAGAAAGUGAUAAUAAAUUAUAUGAGGAUUACUUGCUUGGAUUCGGUGUCAUUAAAUUAAGAAAUAUGUUUUUGGAAAAUUUAGGACUCACUGGUCUUGAAAUAUUGAAUCGUGAAUUGGUCGAAGGUUGGGAAACACAAAAUGCUAUUGAUUAUAAUAAAGUAGAUGAAAGGACGAAAUUUUUAAUAUUCCCAAUUUCUGUUAUAGGCUGUGGUAAAACCACCACUGCAGUAACCCUGACAAAUUUGUUUCCAAACGCUUGGGGGCAUAUUCAAAACGAUGAUAUCCAUGGGAAGGAUAAAUCGAUGUUAAUGAAGAAAUCUCUUGAAUUGUUAGCCAAUGAAAAUAUAAAAUGUGUUUUUGUUGAUAGAAAUAAUCAUCAAUUUAGGGAAAGACAACAAUUAUUUGAAUGGGUUGAUGAAUUAAAGGAAUCCUACCUUCCAUACGAUCAAAAUAUUAAAAUCAUUGGUAUAUCAUUUGCUCCAUAUGAUAAAAUGGAUAUCAUUAAAGAUGUCACUACAAAAAGAGUUCUUGCGAGAGGUGAUAACCAUCAAACAAUUAAGUUAGAAAAGUAUGGAGAAAAAAAAGUUCUUGGAAUUAUGAGCGGAUUUUGGAAGAGAUAUCAACCUGUUAACCCAGAUAGAUCUCCCGAUGAUAAAUUCGAUUUAGUCAUCAACCUUGAUUUCGAAAGUAAUAAUGAUAAAUCAACACUAACAAAUGUGAAGGUUAUCUUGGCCGAGAUCCAUAAUAAAUAUCCAGUAUUAAUACCAGAGAUCCCAAAUGAGACUAGUAUAUCAAAAGCUUUUGAGAAGAGUUUAGAAUAUAAGCCUUCAAAAACAGUUACAUUUAAUGAUACUUCAAAUAAACAAAAGGAUAAAAAAAUGAAAAACAAAAGUAAUAACAAUAAUAAAAAACCUGCUAAGAAAGCUAGAAACCUUAGACCUGUAUAUUUUUCAUUAAAUGUUGAACUUGGUCCUAUUAGAGCUGCAAUUGAUAAGUUAGUGAUGCAAAACCUGGGUAAAAUUCCAAAUGAACCAAUGGUAAGUUUAAACAAACUUUUUUUUCAAAACAAGUUUCAAAAAGAGUUUCACGUGACAUUAUGCCAUAUUAGUCAAAAAAAAUAUGGGGAUAAAAGUCAAGAAGAAAUCUGGGGAAAAUAUAUGACACAUUAUGAUCCCACUUUAAAACUUUUCGAGAAUGAUAAGGAGAAGGAUAUUGGGAAGGUCUUAAAGACAGGUGAUAAUAUCAAGAUUAAGUUAGUGAAAUUGCUGUGGGAUAAUAACAUUGUGACAGUAGUUGCUGAAUUUUUAUUAGAUAAAAAUAAAUGUUUCUUCAUUGAAACUCCAAAUGGAAUUAUAGAAGGUUUCAAAUGUGCUAAUUCAAUACCACACAUAACAGUAGGUAUAUUGACCGAGGACACAAAACCAGUAUACUCUAACACUUUAUGUGAACUUGCAUCUACAAAUGGUGUGUUGGGUACCGAUUUCUAUGAGUUAGAAUUCCAGGACAGUAAAGAAUAUUCUGGUGAAGUAUAUAUAAAUUUAUAG